GCAGUUCCGUUCAGAAGACUGAAGACCCUCGUGUCUUGUGGACGGAAAAUCGCUAACCGGCUAACCGGCAGUUUGGCAGGGAGUAUUACUGAAUCGAGAGCCAGGAUGCGGCACAACAUGGUGGCCUAUCUGUACUGCCUGGUCAGGGAUCUGUACGCCGAGCACGGAGAUCCCCGAGUGGCGCACUUGCCCCUGCUGGGCAAUCUGUGGAUCGUGUUGGCCAUUGUCGCCCUCUACGUGGCCUUUGUGCACCACUACGGACCCCGUUGGAUGGAGCACCGUGCUCCGUUCGAGCUGAAACGGGUGAUGCAGGUGUACAAUGUGGUGCAGGUGCUGGCCAAUGCCACCAUAUUCGUCAUUGGCCUGACCAACACGUACCUCCAGCCGGGCUACAGUUGGACCUGCCAGCCAGUGGACCACACGGAUCGAUCACCAGCCAUGAUGAAGACAUUGUACGCCUCGUAUGCGUACUAUAUGCUCAAGUACCUGGAUCUGCUGGAUACGGUUUUCAUAGUGCUGCGGAAGAAGAACUCGCAGGUGAGCUUCCUGCACGUGUACCACCACGGCGGCAUGGUCUUCGGCGUGUCCAUCUUCAUGACCUUCCUGGGCGGAUCCCACUGCACCAUGCUGGGGGUAAUCAAUCUGCUGGUGCACACGGUGAUGUAUGCCUACUACUAUGCCGCCUCAUUAGGUGCGGUGAAGAAUCUUUUGUGGUGGAAGCAGCGGAUUACACAGCUGCAGCUGAUGCAGUUUGGCUACCUCACCUUUCAUUUCUUGCUUGUUAUCGUGCGGAAUCCGUGCCAGUUUCCGGUGUUCAUCGCCUUCAUCGGUUUCAUCCAGAACAUCUUCAUGUUCUCCAUGUUCUUCGACUUCUACUACAAGACCUACAUACGCAAGCAGCGCAAAUCGGCGGAGACCAAGCUGAAUGCCAGCUGAGCUGUACUGCCGUUUGAAUGUGAGGUUCAAGUUCGCGUCGCUUCAUUUCCAUAUUAAAUUGUGUAAUAAGCUGGUCGGUCGCUUAUGCAAAUGGGCACCGAUCGAACCCAAAAUGCCUGGUAUAAAUAAACAUUUCGGAUUGCGUUUCAACCCCUCCGUUUCAUCGCCACCAAACUAAA